GACUCCACACCGUUUCAACCUCAAGGACGUUGUAGAUAUUCGAGUUCUUGUAAUUUUAAGACCGCUGUGAUUAUUGGCAUUAGGUUUUAUGUAGUCUUGUUAACUGUACUUUUUAGUGGUUAAGCAAAGUUUUGGAUUUCAGUGUCAAACAUAUUUUAAACAAAUAAGGACCUGUUGAUGCAAAAUAUGAGAAAAACAACUAAAUUUUCGGAUGUACUUCUCAGACCACUUGGUGCGAGUGUCUAGGAAUAGAAAAAUGAACAUAACUGUAGACCUGGGGCUGUCCUCUCAACACCGAUAUGUUUUAAAUCGAGGACAUUAGACGAAAACCAAUGGUGCUAGUUUUAGGGUGAUGUAAAAUUUAUUCAGUCAUUAUUUUCCUAAUAAAGUGAUGAAAACGUUUUGCUGUGAUUGGGACUCCUAGUCCUUAUCUCUUGCACUUAUUAAUAACUUGGUGAUAAAGUCCAUAUUACUACUCUUGAGUGGUUUAAUUUCUCCAAGUGCACUUUAAUUGCUCUCAAAUAUCGUCCAUUAAUUAUGGUCUCAUUCAAGUUUCUGCUAGUUGAAGAAGCUCUAAUCGAUGAAAACUUUAAAGGAGCGUCUUGUGCAUGUGGGUCAACCAGUGCUUAAGUGGUAAGCUUGUCAUAUCUAGAAUUCUUCUGUGGUGAAACAUCUUUAAUGUCAGUUUGCAGGAAAUUCGGUCGAAAUAAUGGUUACUAUUGGUUCAUCGUUCUUCCCGAAUGUAGCAAAAGCCUUAUUUCCCGGAAUUCACAUAGCUCUACAAAUGGUGUUGAAAUGACUAGAAUGCAACAGCACUAUGCUCUGUUAAAUAAGAAAUGCGAAGAACACAUAACCACAUUCGAUCAAGUUAAUCCGCGGGAUGUAUUUGUAAAUAAUGAAGUAAAGUUGAGCAAAAUUCAAGUGUACGGGUUUGAUUAUGAUUACACAUUGGCUCAUUAUACAUCCGCACUGGACGAAUUUAUUUUCAAUGAAUCUCGUAACUGGCUUGUUGAACAGAUGAAGUAUCCUGAAGAAAUUCUGAACUAUGAUUAUACUGAGUUCGCUAGACGUGGUUUACAUUUUGAUGUAAAACGAGGCUUAUUAAUGAAAGUAGAUGCAUUUCAUCAUAUUCAACUGGAUACUGUUUAUCGUGGAUUUAAACUACUGUCAUUGGAUGAGAUAUUAAAAGUUUAUCGUGGGAGUCAUUUAUCUAGUGAUAUUUUGAAACAAAAAUUUACACCUAAUGACACUAUUAUGAUUCAGUUGAUGGAUCUUUUCCGAUUACCGGAAAUUAAUCUUCUAUGUUCUAUUAUAGAUUUUUUUGAUCGACAUGGAAUAGAUUAUAAGCCUGUUUAUGUUUAUCAGGAUGUUUCUACAGCUGUAGCAAGAGUCCAUAAAUCUGGCCUUCUAGGUCAAACCGUAAUGUCUGAUCCAGAAAGGUAUAUUGCGAAGGCACCAGAACUAUCUACGUUUUUAUAUCGCUUAGUAAAAAAUAAUAAGAAAUUAUUUGUUAUUUCAAACAGUUCAGCUGCUUACAUAGAUAGGGGUUUGAAAUUUUUGGUUGGAAACGACUGGCAAGAAUUAUUUGACGUGAUCAUUUCUAGAGCCAAUAAGCCAUCGUUCUUUAAAUCACCACUCGGGCAAUUUCGACGUACUGAUAUCAGUGGGACUUUCAAACAUUGGGAAGCAGUUCAAACAUUUAAACGAGGUCAAAUAUAUGAAGGAGGUUGUUUAGAACAGAUGAUAAAACUUACAGGUUGGUCUUCAGCUAGUAUAUUAUAUUUUGGAGAUCAUGUCUAUGCUGAUCUUGCAGAUGUAGCCAGUACAUAUGGUUGGAUGACUGGAGCUGUUAUACCGGAACUUGAAAGUGAACUUAUUGCUGCGAAUAAUCAUGAUUUCAAAAUUAAUUUAAAACGUUUAAGAAUGCUAGAAAGAUUAAUUCAGGAAAACCAACAUGUUCAUACAGCUGAAGCAAAAUUAUUACUUGAAAAGUGGCUUGAUGAAAGAAAUGCUUUAAGACGUGCUAGUAAAUGUGUAUUUAAUCCACAAUUCGGAAGUAUUUUUCGUUCUUUUCAUAAUCCGUCUUAUUUUUCACAACGUCUUGGACAAUAUGCAACACUGUAUACGUCAAGAGUUACGAAUCUCUUACAUUUUCCACUAGAUCAUGCGUUUUUCCCUAAAAGAACUGCUUUACCACAUGAAUCAUUUUAAUUUCUAAGUUCAUCUUUGUUAUAGUUUAUUGUUGUAGGUAUAAACGCACUUUUUUGUACUUUUACUACUAAUGAUGUUUAUUAAGUAAUAGUUUCGUUUGUAUUCAUUUUAGGUAUGUAUGCCUUUCUUUAAUGUCUUAUUACUAGUCUUUUCAAGU